AUGUUGUUUCUCUCACUCGAUGCUGCGCUAGUUUCUAUUGCAGAAAAUGAGGAUGCAAGGAUAACUAGGGAAUUUUCUGAGCUUCUAGAUGCAAGUGAAGCGUAUGAAAACAUGACUGCUAGAGAAUUUGUUGGCAAUAAAUCUCAAGAGAUGCAUGUAGUGCCAACCGUACAAGAAAGGUUUAUGGGAAUGAAAGCUGCUGUAAUCACUAAUAACUCUAGUUUGAGUUCUGUAGGAAGUAGAAUUGGAUUGAACGUGUUGCAUUGGAAUAAGUUAAAUUUGUCUCUUCUAGCCUCUGAAUUGCUGAAAUUGCUUGGCUUUCAAGAAGGAAAGGCUUUAGAGACCAACCAGUUUGAUCUAAUCUUUGUUCAUAUUGGAGCUGGUGAAAAAAUAAAUGAUCUCAAAGACAUAGAAUUUGUGAACCAUUUAGUUGGUGAGCUGAUGCAAAUGGCACAGCUGGGAACUGAUAUUGGUUCUCGAUUGCACAUGUCUGUAAUAGUGAGCUACGGGGCUACCCUGGUGGAUGACAAUUCAGUCUUUUCCAUUUCUGAUGCUAAACCCAAGAGUAACAAUGAACUUUCAUUGCUUUUUCCCUGUCAAAGUUACACAAUGAAAGCAGGGAAGCCUCACAAGAACGUUAGGCACUACUCUCCAAUGCUAGUUGCACAAUGGCAGAAUGCUGUUACACGCAAGGAUAUGGUGGAGGAAUUUUCUUUUAGAGAUUUUACUGAGAAUGGUGGAAAUCUUGUUAUACCAGCUGAUAGAUUUAUCCACGAAGUAGCUUUUAAGCUCUGGAAGGCCCCGAAGUAUGGAGCAUGA